CCACUGCAAUAGAUUCCCUUCACUUUAAAUUCCAUACUACAAACAAAAUGUAUACUACAUAGGCCACUCCUAGCAUUACCACCCUUAUGCUCUCUAAUCUAAUCUAAUCUAAUCUAAUCUUUUCCCACAUCCUUCUCACUCUCUCCUCUAUGAAAAUUCUGAGUUUUUAUGUUUAAAGAAUAAAAUCUGUUAAAUCCCAACAGUUUUUUUCAAUAUAAAAUUGGAGGUGUUUAUGAUUAGAUACGUUUAGGUGUUGGGAAGAGAGUGAGAUUAAAGGAUCAGACUGUGGAAUUGAAUUUUGUGAGUGCCCCCCCAAUGGUUGCUGCUACCCUAAACCCCAAACACCUGGGAGGAACUGGACUACUGCCUCCCUUGUUGCCCUCCGACCCCCACAAUUCCAUCCCUCCGCCCCCUCAAAAUUCCCGAAAAUGUUUGUCCACCUCCUCAUCCCACUCAAAUUCUUCCACAAAACACACGACUUCAUCGGCUAUUAAGAGGUCUCAACCGGUGGAGAGGAGACAUGCGGUGACCCCGCCGUCUAAUAAACCUAUGCGUUUGAAAACUGACAACGCUAACAAUAACACUGCUGACAAGGUUAGCAAAGCUACACCAGCUCCAUCACCAUGCCCCACAAAGAAAGAAACCACCAAGAGGCGCAAACCGACGCUGGAAACGAGAAGAACAGAGCAAACCGAAAUUUCAAAGACGGAGCGGUCGCCGGCGAGGUUAAGGCUACCCAACUCUGUGGCUAGUAGAAGCAUGGCUUGCACCGAUGAGAGGAAGAGAUUAAACGGUUCUGUUAAUGGCAAUGUACUUGGGCCACUGCAAGAUUCCAUGGCUGAUAAUAGAGAUAUAAGAGCCGUUACUCCUGUUGAAUCUAAGGCUCAACGUGGUCUCGCUGCUUCUGAUACUGAAAGUGUUUCUUCUGGUAGUACGUCAGGUUCUUCACAAAGUUCCUCCGCUAACGUAGACGUUAAGCGUGGGCCUCCAGGAAUAAUGGUCUCCGCUCGGUCCUGGCAACAGACUGCUAAUCGGGUAUGCCGGUCCCAUCCUGGCUCGCCGGUUCCUAAGAAAAAUACAGCGCGCACUAAGCUAAUUGUACCAGACAAGUUCGGAGCUGAUACUCCUUUUUCGUCUCCAAACGGUGUAUUGAAUAGCAGAGGACAGUUACCGCCAAUUCAUGGGCCAGUUCGGCCUGCGUCACCGAGUAAGCUUGGGUCAUCUUCAACGAGGGGAAUGAGUCCUAGACUGAGGAAUGGUUUGGAUGAUAAUUUGGUAACUAGGCUGUCGAUUUUGAGCUUUGUUGGUGAUGGUUUUAAGAUUGGGGAGAACAAAGUUUCGGAUGCUAAUUUGUUGAGGCUACUUCAUAACCGGUGGUUGCAGUGGCGUUUUGUUAAUGCUAGAGCAGAUGCUACUCUGUCUUCCCAAAGGUCUAACGCAGAGAAAAGCCUCCAUAAUGCAUGGACAACUACCUCAAAACUGCAAGAAUCUGUCAGAGCCAAAAGAACCGAGUUACAGUUGCUGAGGCAAACUUUGAAGCUGAUUUCCAUCCUCAAGGGGCACAUGAUAUUUUUGGAUGAAUGGGCUAUCCUGGACCAUGAUUAUUGCAGUUCUUUGUCUGGGGCUACUGAAGCUUUGAUGGCUAGCAUGGUCCGCCUUCCAGUAGUUUGUGGGGCAAGUGUUGAUGUCCCAAAAUUGCAGGAUGCGAUUUGUUCAGCAGUUGAUUUAUUGCAGGCAACAACACUCUCUAUACACUCAUUGGUGUCAAAGGUAGCAAAAGUAAAUUGUUUGGCAUCUGAACUUGGAAAUUUAAGUUCAAAUGAGGUCUUAUUACUUUAUCAAUGCAAAGAACUUUUGUCAGCAGUUGCAAGCAUGCAGCAGGUGAAGGAAUGUAGCCUUAGAACGCACAUUUCACAACAAAACCGUUUACCUUCCACCUUUGACAACACAAUUGGAAGGCUCUUCUGAUUUCAAUUACGUCCUCUAUCGCCAACCUGACAAUCGAUUGCCAUUCCAAUUCCUGGGGAUUGCGGUUACAAUGCUAAUAUAUGGCUGAAUUAUACAUGAAAAGUUAGGUGAAGGUAGGUUAGAUACCUUUCUUUUUAGUUUUGUAUAGGACAGAGGAAAGUGUGUAAAUAUGUAUAAAUGUUGCCAGUCAGUGAUGAUUUGUAAUAUAUAAGCUUUCCCACUCGUAUGCUUUCAUACAAGAAAUGAUGGGUUUAUUAGUGCUUCUUCGGCCUAAUCGUAAUAAUAAAAAAGAGCUGCGUGGUCACAUAACAA